UCUCAACAAGCAACCCUCUCAACGCCAUCACUCUGCGCUACUGUAUGUUGAAUGUAAAAAAAAAAAAAUCGAAAAAAUGUCUCAGUUUUUAGGUCGUCGGGACUGCAUAGAAAGUCUCCAGAAAGACCUUGCUGACCUCCAAGUUGCCAUUUUGGACGUUUUUUCAACAACCGGUCAGUUGCGCGUUUUCUCAUGGAAAUUCCCGGACAAACUUUCCUGUAAUCUGGAUUUGGAGCUGGAGCAGUAUGACUUUACGGACGGAGAUGAUGAAUACAACCAGCAUUCUCACAUCGUUUUACUGGAGUUAGUAAUAGACAGGUAA